AUGGCCUCUGGAAUAGUUAACAUCCGUCGCGAUGUCGAUGAUAAAUUCUAUCGUUAUAGGAUGCCACUCCUCCUCACCAAAAUCGAAGGAAAAGGAAACGGCAUCAAGACUGUCAUUCCGAACAUGGCUGAUGUGGCGAGGGCUUUGAGUCGCCCUCCCACUUACCCUACGAAGUUUUUUGGCUGCGAGCUUGGUGCGCAGACCUCAUUCGACGAAAAGAAUGAACGUUUCAUCGUCAAUGGUGCUCACGAAGCAAAUCGUCUUCGCGAACUACUUGACGGCUUCAUCGACAAAUUCGUCCUUUGCAGGUCGUGCAAAAACCCAGAAACGGAGUUGGUCAUUCUGAAGCAGGGCCGCAAUGAAACGAUCAUUCGCGACUGCAAAGCCUGCGGGGAAAGGACUGACAUUGACAUGCGACACAAGUUGACUACUUUCAUUCUGAAAAACCCACCUGCGAAGGCGAAGAAGGGUAGUAGAAAGAAGGAUGUUGCAAAUGCUUCCGCUGGCGUUGGUGGUGGUGAUCGUACUCCAGAGGAGGAUGAAUCUGCAGAGGGUGGUGCAGCAAGUGAUGAUGAGCUCACCAGGAAGAUCAAGGCUGAGGCAAAGGAUCUUAGUCCUGAGACCGCCUUGGGUAAAGAAGAUUGGUCUGCUGAUACUUCUCCUGAAGCGGUCAAACAGCGCAUCAAGGCACUAGAGGGAGGAAUGAGUGGUGUCAAUCUCAACGGCGACGACGAAGGCAGCGACGAUGAUGUCAAUAGCCCUUACGGUCAACUGGGCAAGUGGGUCCAAGAGAAACGCGAUGAAGGCGAGGAAACCAAAGCUUUCCUUGUCUCUGUGUACAAGAAAGCUGAAGAACUCGGCAUUGAAAAGAAGCACAAGACUAUCUUGGUCUUGGUUCAAGCGCUCUUCACCGAGAACGUCGUCGCAGAGAUCCCAAAGUACACCCCGCUUUUUGUUAAGAUUGUUACUUCCGAGAAACACCAGAAAUCUCUUCUUGGCGGAAUUGAGCGUCUUGUUGGCAUCGCCCAUCCCGACCUCAUUUCCACGAUUCCCAAAAUCCUCAUGGCUUUCUACCAGAGCGAUGUUCUUGAGGAAGAAGUCGUCACUCAGUGGGGAACUCACGUUAGUAAGAAAUACGUUGACAAAGAGACGAGCAAGAGGGUUAGAAAAGCCAGUGAGCCAUUUCUGAAGUGGCUCGAGGAGGCUGAGGACGAUGAGGAGGAGUAG